AUGCUGUUCCUCAAAUCAUUUCUUCUCGCAGCUCUCCUGUCUCUCGUGAAUGCUGCAGCCAUUCCGAAAGAAGAGGUCGAGUCUGAAAUUUACGACGCCAUCAUUGUCGGAGGCGGUCCUGCUGGACUCAGCGCUCUAAGCGGACUUGCUCGCGUGCGUCGCAACGUCCUUCUGCUGGACUCUGGAAUUUAUCGCAAUGGUCCAACUCGCCACAUGCACGAUGUAAUUGGCUUUGAUGGUGUGACUCCGGCCUACUAUAGAUGGGCGGCGCGGAAACAACUGAGACACUAUGACACCGUCAAGAUGGUGAAUGCAACUGUCAUCCAGAUCGAGCCGGAGAAGAACAACACUGAAUUUGCCGUGACGGCCGUCUUCUCCGAGGGGCCGAAGACUGUUUCCGCCCGCAAAAUCGUCCUGGCCACUGGCUUGCAUGAUAUCCUCCCCAAGACGCCCGGAAUUCGAGCCAACUGGGGCAAGGGCAUCUACUGGUGUCCUUGGUGUGACGGCCAUGAGCAUGCGGACCAGCCGCUGGGAUUGCUCGCCAGUCUCGACAAAGUCCCAAACCUUGUGCGCGAGAUCUUGACGCUGAACAAGGAUAUCAUUGCCUUUGUCAAUGGCACAGAUACACCCGAGCUGCGCGCCGCUACGGAAAAGAAGAGCCCCGAGUGGGAGAAGUAUCUCAAGAUCCACAAGGUCAAGAUUGAGAACCGCACCAUCUCCGAGAUCAAGCGUCUUAAAGAGGGGACCUCCGGCAACGAGGACCCUAGCCUGCCCAGCGUCGCGGAGUUUGAUCUGUUCAGUGUCAAGUUCCCCGAGGGACCGGCCGUUGAGCGAGCGGCGUUCUUGGGCAGUUUCCCCGAGGAGCAGGCUUCCGAGGUUGGAGAGAACAUGGGAGUUGAUCUUUGGGGCGGAAGACUUGCAGUAAAUUCCACAGCUGGCUUGGUGACCAACAUCCGUGGUGUUUAUGCCGUCGGAGACGCCAACUCAGACAACGUGACGAACGUUCCCCACGCGCUCUUCAGCGGAAAGAGAACGGCCGUUUUCCUCCACGUUCAAAUUGAGCGUGAGAACGCGGCGAAGGAGUUGGCCGAGGCAGGAGAUGAGGAGAAACGGGACGUUCUGGAUGAGCGAUCUGUCUGGGAGAGGAUGAAUGGCGAGCGUGGAGAUAUUUUGUACGCCGGUGACUUCGACCAAUGA